UAAACCUACAUUAUGUGAAGCCACUAAGCUGUGGUGAUUUGUUAUGGCAGCAAAAGGAAGCUUUAUGGUUCAUCUGUACUCUGAAAAUGCAGGUUUUUGGUGUUUUUUUUUUCACUUGUUCAAUGAUGUACCCCCAGUGUCAGGCACUUUGCAAACACACGAUAUAUACGGGUUGAUGUUUGGUCAAGAGAGGAAUUAAGAUCAGGCAGACAGCAGGCUGGGAUCAGAGAGACCCCAUUUCUGUCUGAAAUGUCUGCAGAGAACCUGGUGCCUGCCCCAGCCCUAGCCCUGGGGAAAUGAAAGCCAGGCUGGGGUUCAAAUGAGGGCAGUUUCCCUUCCUGUGGGCUGCUGAUGGAACAACCCCAUGAUGAGAAGGACCCAGCCUCCAAGCGGCCACACCCUGUGUGUCUCUUUGUCCUGCCGGCACUGAGGACUCAACCAUCUGCACAGCUGGGGCCCCUCGGAGGAGACGCCAUGAUCCCCACCCUCACGGCCCUGCUCUGCCUCGGGCUGAGUCUGGGCCCCAGGACCCACGUGCAGGCAGGGCCCCUCCCCAAACCCACCCUCUGGGCUGAGCCAGGCUCUGUGAUCAGCUGGGGGAACUCUGUGACCAUCUGGUGUCAGGGGACCCUGGAGGCUCGGGAGUACCGUCUGGAUAAAGAGGAAAGCCCAGCACCCUGGGACAGACAGAACCCACUGGAGCCCAAGAACAAGGCCAGAUUCUCCAUCCCAUCCAUGACAGAGGACUAUGCAGGGAGAUACCGCUGUUACUAUCACAGCCCUGUAGGCUGGUCACAGCCCAGCAACCCCCUGGAGCUGGUGAUGACAGGAGCCUACAGCAAACCCACCCUCUCAGCCCUGCCGAGUCCUCUUGUGACCUCAGGAAAGAGCGUGACCCUGCUGUGUCAGUCACGGAGCCCGAUGGACACUUUCCUUCUGAUCAAGGAGCGGGCAGCCCAUCCCCUACUGCAUCUGAGAUCAGAGCACGGAGCUCAGCAGCACCAGGCUGAAUUCCCCAUGAGUCCUGUGACCUCAGUGCACGGGGGGACCUACAGGUGCUUCAGCUCACACGGCUUCUCCCACUACCUGCUGUCACACCCCAGUGACCCCCUGGAGCUCAUAGUCUCAGGAUCCUUGGAGGGUCCCAGGCCCUCACCCACAAGGUCCGUCUCAACAGCUGCAGGCCCUGAGGACCAGCCCCUCAUGCCUACACGGUCAGGCCCCCACAGUGGUCUGAGAAGGCACUGGGAGGUACUGAUCGGGGUCUUGGUGGUCUCCAUCCUGCUUCUCUCCCUCCUCCUCUUCCUCCUCCUCCAACACUGGCGUCAGGGAAAACACAGGACAUUGGCCCAGAGACAGGCUGAUUUCCAACGUCCUCCAGGGGCUGCAGAGCCAGAGCCCAAGGACGGGGGCCUACAGAGGAGGUCCAGCCCAGCUGCUGACGUCCAGGGAGAAAACCUCUCAGAUGCUGCCGUGAAGAACACACAGCCUGAGGACAGGGUGGAAAUGGACACUUGGCAGAGCCCACACGAUGAAGACCCCCAGGCAGUGACGUAUGCCGAGGUGAAACACUCCAGACCUAGGAGAGAAAUGGCCUCUCCUCCUUCCCCACUGUCUGGGGAAUUCCUGGACACAAAGGACACACAGGCAGAAGAGGACAGACAGAUGGACACUCAGGCUGGUCCUUUCCUCUCCAGGCCCCCAGACCCCCCCACCCCCAUCAUGUUCCUUCCCUCUCAUUCUCCCCCACUGCAGGCUGCUGCAUCUGAAGCCCCCCAGGAUGUGACCUACGCCCAGCUGCACAGCUUGACCCUCAGACAGAAGGCAACUGAGCCUCCUCCAUCCCAGGAAGGGGCCUCUCCAGCUGAGCCAAGUGUCUAUGCCACUGUGGCCAUCCACUAAUCCAGGGGGGACCCAGACCCCACAAGCCAUGGAGACUCAGGACCCCAGAAGGCAUGGAAGCUGCCUCCAGUAGACAUCACUGAACCCCAGCCAGCCCAGACCCCUGACACAGACCACUAGAAGAUUGCGGGAACGUUGGGAGUCACCUGAUUCUGCAAAGAUAAAUAAUAUCCCUGCAUUAUCAAAAUAAAGUAGCAGACCUCUCAAUUCACAAUGAGUUAACUGAUAAAACAAAACAGAAGUCAGACAAUGUUUUAAAUUGAAUGAUCAUGUAAAUAUUACACAUCAAACCAAUGACAUGGGAAAAUGGGAGCUUCUAAUGAGGACAAACAAAAAAUAGAGAAAAAUUAAUAAAGUCAAAAUGUUUAUUCUUGAAAA